AUGCCUUUCGGAAAGUUGCACGAAUACGAUAUUAACGAUCGUAACAACUGGAGUGCGUACGUUCGUCUCGUUAAGCAAUUCAUCUUACUUAACGACAUCAGAGAAGAUCUACACGUCGCAACACUACUCACGCAUGUCGGAGCGGCCACGUACGAGCUGAUGUGUGACCUGUGUGCGCCCAUGCAUCCGGAGACCAAGUCUUUCCAAGCUCUGGUCGAACUUGUCGGAAAUCAUCUCGAACCAAAAAGAUCGGAGAUAGCCGAAAGGCACCUGUUUAGACAAAGGCGACAGACCGAGAAUGAACCGAUAAGCGUGUUUCUGCAAAAUUUAAAGCACUUAGCGAAGCAUUGCAAUUUUGGAGCUACGCUUGAAGAAAAUAUUAGAGAUCAAUUCGUCUCUGGACUUCGAAAUGAAGUGAUGCGGUCUCGUCUGUUCGCGGAACCCACAUUGGAUUACAAAAAGGCGGUGGAGUUGGCGCUUGCGCUGGAAGCAGCUGAGAGGCAUGCGGAAGCGGCCGGCGGCGACGGCCAGGCGUCGGCGCCGGGAGCUUCGGGACUCGAGCAGGCAGGCGGCCUGCAUCGCGUGGCCACGGGGGCCACACCGUCGCGGCGCCCCGCUUGCUGGCGCUGCGGCAAGGACGACCACACGGCAGAUAAGUGCACAUUCAAAACAAAAAUUAAAUUACAUUUGAAAGAUACAACGCCGAUAUUUUGCAAGGCCCGUCCACUGCCGUUAGCAUUGCGCUCACCCGUCGAGCGCGAGUUAGAACGCUUACAAGCGGAGGGAAUUAUUUAUAAAGUGGAUAGGUCCGACUACGGAACGCCCAUUGUACCUAUAAUUAAGCGCGAUGGAACAAUUAGGAUUUGUGGAGAUUAUAAAGUUACAGUAAAUCCUUUAUUAAAAGAUUUUCACUAUCCUUUACCGCGCACAGAAGAGUUGUUUGCAGCGUUAAGUGGUGGCGAACAGUUUACUAAAUUGGAUUUAAAGAAUGCGUAUCUGCAAGUAGUGUUAGAUGAAGCUUCGCAACCACUAACGGCUAUAACAACACAUAUGGGUGUUUUUGUGUAUCGAAGGGCCCCGUUUGGUUUAAAAUGUUUGCCGGAGAUGUUCCAAAAAUUAAUUGAGGAAACUCUAAGCGGAUUAGAUUGUGUUGUAGCAUUUAUUGACGAUAUAUGUAUCACCGGGCGCAACAGAGAGCAUCAUUUACAAAAUGUUAAAGAGGUAUUGUCUCGGUUAGAGGAAGCGGGUUUACGUAUUAAAUUUGAAAAAUGUGAGUUUUUUAUGGAUGAAAUUUCAUAUUUAGGAUAUAGAAUUGAUAAAAAUGGAGUACAUACAGAUAAAAAUAAAGUAUCCGCCAUUGUAAAUUUACCUGUGCCGAAAAAUGUAUCACAACUUCGAGCAGCUUUAGGCUUAAUUAAUUAUUAUUCGCGCUUCAUUCCGAACAUGAGCACAUUGUUAAAUCCAUUGUAUAAGUUAUUGGCGAAAGGUAGCAAAUGGUGUUGGAAUAGGGAUUGCGAGCGGGCAUUUGAAGCGGUUAAAGAGAAGCUGGUUAGCGGGCCCGCGCUCGCGCACUACUCGCCUACGUUACCGCUGGUACUCGCCGUAGAUAGCAGCGCAUACGGUCUGGGCGCCGUGCUGGCGCAUCGCAUGUCCGACGGCAGCGAGCGAAUCGUUAGCUGCGCUUCGCGCACACUCACUGAUGCGGAGCGGCGCUACAGCCAGAUCGACAAAGAAGCAUUGGCGAUAGUUUACGGGGUAAGCAGACACCAUCAAUAUUUGUUUGGACGUAAAUUUACUCUUCGGAGCGAUCACAAGGCACUCACAUACAUCUUCGGACCGAAACACGGCAUACCACAAACGGCGGCUAGUCGACUGCAGAGGUAUGCUGUUCGUCUGGCGGCAUACGACUUCGACAUCGUCUUUGUAUCGACAGAUAAAAAUGGCAAUGCCGAUGGCUUGUCCCGUCUACCUCAGCCAGCGUCCAGUAAGUCGAGGGAGGAGGACGACGCCGCGACUUACUUACAUUUCGUAGAAGACAGUUUCCCUCUUAGCCACAGGGACGUGGCAAAGGAUACGGCGAAAGAUGUCAUAUUAAGAAAGAUAUAUGGAUAUAUCGUGAGCGGUUGGCCACACCAGACCGAAAUCGAAGGCGAGAAGCCAUAUUUUCAUCGUAAAGAGGAGUUACACGUCGAUCAUGGAUGCAUUGUGUGGGGGUACCGGGUGGUCAUACCGGGUACUUUGCGCAAACAAAUAGUGGAGGAGGUCCACGCAGGCCACGUGGGCAUGGUGAGAAUGAAGCAAAUAGCUCGCGGCUACGUGUGGUGGCCGCGACUCGACGCGGAGCUGGAGGAACGCGCACGCACGUGCGCCGUGUGCCGCGAUCAGAGGGACGCGCCGCCACGCGCCACGCCCGUGCCCUAUGCAUGGCCCUCGGAACCGUGGACCCGUUUACACGCGGACUUCCUACAACAUGGUGGUCGACAUUACUUACUCGUCAUCGACGCUCAUUCUAAGUGGAUCGAGAUAUUCCAUAUGAGUGGCGGGACAUCUGCAUCUUCGGUGGAAAAUAAAUUCAGAGAAUUAUUCGCUAGAUUUGGUCUUCCUAGACAAAUGGUUACGGAUGGAGGGCCACCUUUCACUUCUCGUGAAUUUGAGGAGUUUUUGAAGAAAAAUUGUGUAGACCAUAUCGUGACGGCACCGUACCAUCCGUCAAGCAAUGGGGCAGCAGAAAAUGCAGUGAAGACCGUGAAAAAGGUCAUCAAGAAAGCUCAAUUAGAGGGCGAAAAUAUCGACCGCGCGUUAAGCAAAUUUUUAAUGCAGUAUCGCAACAGUACACACUGCAGCACGCAACGCGAACCUGCUGUGGCCAUGAUCGGACGGAGGCUGCGCACGCGUCUGGAUCUGCUGCGGCCUGCUGCCGCCACCGGCGAGGCCGUGGCGCGCGCGCAAAGCAAGCAGCGGCAGCACGCGGGGGGAAGCGCGCGCGUCCUCGCUGUCGGCGACGCCGUACUCGUUAGGAAUUACGGGAGAGGAGAUAAAUGGAUGGAGGGCAUAGUGACAGAACGCACGGGCAAGGUUACCUAUGCGGUUAAUACAGGUGAUAAGAUAAAUACCCGCCAUAUUGAUCAAAUAGUUCCUAAGAAAAAUUCGCGUCACUCUUGGCAUGUUCCUAUUCAAAAUGAAACGAAUGAAGAUAGUGAGCGUUCCCACGUACAGGUGGACGACAUUGCUGAAACGGGAGUACCAGGGGCGCGCGAAAUCGAUAAUCCGAAUAUCGCCGCGAGAACACAUGAAAUUCCGUGUACAUCUUCGUUCGAAACUAAUCUCUCGCCGGAGCUUUCAAUUCCCACUCCAACACCAGAGCAAAAGCGUUAUAAUUUAAGGCCACGAAAAAUAAAAUAA